AUGCGGCGGCCCAGACUGAGGCUGCCUCCGCUCCCGAAAGACGACAUUAAGAUAAUUUUGAGACCGAAAGGACUCAUUGUGAGAUCGCUGCAAACCCACCAAGUCGCCCGGGCCGUAGUGGCGGCAACCAACUCGAAAUGUAAAGGUGAAGACUUGAUUAUCAGACUUCGCAACGGCUCGAACAUCAUUAUUGUAAGCACAGAUAACGAGGAAGCGGCCCAAUACGUGAGACGCAUCACCCAUCUCACGUUCGGGGAACGCACCCAUGAAGUAAACGCUUACGUGGCAGUCCCCGAGGACACCCAACGAGGGGUAAUCCACGGCGUAGACCCCGGAACAUCGCCGGAGGAACUCAAGGCCAACCUACGGGUGCGGACUCAAGCAGUCACGAUCCACAGCGCCCGCAUGCUGGGAAAAUCAAAAUCCGCCGUCAUCACCUUCGACGGCCCCAUAACCCCAAGGCAAGUCCUAUACUACGGAGGAGAGAUGUGGUGCUACCCAUACCGUCCGACGCGGCAGAUUUGCUACAUUUGCUGCCAGCAAGGCCAUCGAUCGGACGUUUGUCCGCACCCGGAGACCAAGGCCUGCAAACUAUGCGGGACGCAGAAUCCGGCAGAAGGACACCAAUGCACACUCAGGUGCCUGCUUUGCGACGGCGAUCGCGCAACCGGCACGAAAGAUUGCAAGCUGCGACUCAAGACGGCCGGAGAGCUGCGAGGGCGACGCCCUCAAAAAGGCCAGUGGCAGAGCCGGAGCCGGAGCCGGAGCCGAUGGCGACGCCCGAGAUGGUUCAGCUCGGAGGGCGACAGGGGCCGAUCCCAGAGCCACAACGGGGCCGGGUACAAGGACCAGUCGCGGAGCCGAAGCAGGGGCCGGAGCCGAGGACGGAGUCGAAGCCGUGGCGGACCCAGGGACGAGUCCUUCCCACCCCUGGGGAAGCAGAACGGCAGCCCGGGGCAGCAGAAGCAACAACAACAACAGAAGAAAGGCGGAGUCCAGCCAACGCGCCAGGGUAAUAGCGUUAGCCCAGACACCUGCCCAGAUCUAACAUUUGUUAAAGGAGCAAAGCAGGCCGAGUGGGAGAACCUGCUGGAGAACCUAGGCAGCGAUCAUUAUGUACUGAAAACCACAAUCGAAGCGGAGAAUGUAAAAAGAAAAAUCGGCACAGCCCAUAUCACAGAUUGGGACGCCUUCCGUAAGCACAGCGAACAACUAAAAAGGGAAAUCACCUCGAUAGAGGAAUGGAGCCAACAGCUAAAACAGAUACAAGAACUCUACACACAGGAAAUAGAUAGAACAGAACAAACACCGGAGGUGGACCGGCGGCUACUCGGGCUAUGGGAGGCAAGACGCGGGCUCACAAAACGCUGGAAAAGACAAAAGCUAAACAGGAAACUCAAGAAGAAGAUAGCAGAGAUCACAAAGAAGGCAGAAGAGUACGCAACACAGCUGGCCAGGCAAGGGUGGCAGCAGUUCUGCAGCUCGCUGCACGGCACGCUCAGCACAGCCAAGACGUGGCGCAUACUAAAAGCCCUCAUGAACCCAACCAAAACGAAAACAGAAAGCGGCAAAGCAAUCCAGAAACUGGUCCACCAGCACAAAGGCUCCGACGAGGAACUAUUGGAGGCAGUGCGUGUAAAAUGUUACGGCAAAGACAAUCCCAAAGGCUACGACGGGGAGUAUCCGGGGACAGAGAACCCCCACAUGGACAGACCGAUUACAAGAGAGGAAGUUUACGCGGCAAUUAGAGCGACAACCAAAAACACAGCCGCGGGCGCCGACAAGAUCAGAAACUCCCUAAUACGCAACCUCAGCGACGAGGCGAUAGAUCAGCUCACAGCAUACCUCAACACACUGUGGGCAGAGGGCACGAUACCGAAGGAAUGGAAGCACGCUGUCGUGGUGAUGAUACCUAAACCCGGCAAAAAGCUUCAGAUUGAAAACCUGAGGCCCAUCUCCCUCACCUCGUGCCUCGGUAAACUCUACGAAAGGAUAGUCACCAGAAGAAUCCAACACCACCUGGAGGACAAGGAGCUAUACCCGCACAGCAUGUUUGGCUUCCGGGCGAACCUGUCAACACAGGACGUCCUGCUACAGAUAAAAGAAGAAAUCAUAAACACCUCACCCAGAGCAGGCGAAAACGUUAUCAUGGCCCUAGAUAUCAAAGGGGCCUUCGACAACGUUAGCCACGAAGCCAUCAUGGAAGGACUGAACAACGCCAACUGCGGCAAGAGAAUCCACGACUACGUGAGGGCCUUUCUGACCAAACGCACGGCAACGUCCAUCAUCGCCGAAGUGCAAUCUGGCCGCAGCGACGGCAAGUGCCGCAUGUUCGUGGUGCAUGACGGCAUCCUCUACCACCGCAACAUCAACCCUGAAUGCCCUUAG